AUGUCUUUUCGUCUUUCUAGUGGUUCCCGGCGGAUUUGCUCUCGCCCUGGGUCUGUGAGGCUGUCAAGCUGUGGAGCUGGUUUUGGUGCUGGAAAUUCGUGUGGUGGUGGUGGCUCUGGCGUGGGGAGUAGCUUUUCUAGUACGCUGGUGGGAUCUUCAUCUGGAGGGAGCUAUUGUGGGGGAUUGGGAAGUGGUGUCUGUGCAGGCUUUCUGGGAAAUGAAAAUGGAUUGCUCUCUGGUAAUGAAAAGGUGACCAUGCAAAAUCUAAAUGACCGCUUGGCUUCCUACCUUGAAAAUGUGAAAGCUUUGGAGGAAGCAAAUGCAGACUUAGAGCAGAAGAUAAAAGGAUGGUACGAAAAAUUUGGCCCUGGCUCCUGCCGAGGACUUGAUCAUGACUAUAGCAGAUAUUUUCCGAUAAUUGAAGACCUUAGAAGUCAGGUUAUUUCUGCCACUGCCUGCAACGCCAAUAUUGUUCUGCAGAAUGACAAUGCCAGACUGACCGCAGAUGACUUCAGACUGAAGUAUGAAAAUGAGCUGGCCCUGCACCAGAGCGUGGAGGCUGACAUCAAUGGGCUCCGCAGGGUGCUGGAUGAACUGACCUUGUGCACAACAGAUCUGGAAAUCCAGCAUGAAGCAUUCAGUGAUGAGCUAACUUUCCUGAAAAAGAACCAUGAGGAGGAAAUGAAAGUUCUGCAGUGUGCUGCUGGUGGAAACGUGAGUGUCGAGAUGAAUGCCGCUCCAGGAGUGGACCUCACUGUUCUGUUAAACAACAUGAGAGCUGAGUAUGAAGAUUUAGCUGAGCAGAAUCGCAAAGAUGCUGAAGCCUGGUUCAAUGAAAAAAGUGCAUCAUUGCAACAGCAAAUCUCAGAUGAUGUUGGUGCAGCCACAGCAGCCCGAAAUGAACUUACUGAAUUGAAACGCAAUCUCCAAACCCUGGAGAUUGAACUCCAGUCCAUCAUGGCCAUGAAACAUUCUUAUGAGUGCUCCCUGGCAGAGACAGAAGGAAACUACUGCCUUCAACUCUCCCAGAUUCAGGACCAGAUUGGAGCCCUGGAAGAUCAACUACAACAAAUCCGAACGGAAACCGAAAGCCAGAAGGUGGAAUAUGAGCAGCUCCUAGACAUGAAGAUCUACUUAGAAAAAGAAAUUGAAACUUACUGCUGCUUGAUCGAUGGAGAAGAAGGAUCCUGCAAAUCUGCAUGCCAGAAAUCCAAAAGUUAUGGAAUAACAAAAUCGGAAAAUCAAGUCAAAGAUUCAGCACAAACCACUGUGGUCAAAACAGUUGUUGAGGAAAGAGAUCCAAAUGGUCCAGUCCUUUCCGUGAAGGUCCAUUCAGUUGAAGAAAAAUCCUCUAAAAUAAGCAACAUUACAAUGGAACAGAGGGUACCUUGUAAAUCACCAUGAGGCUGACAGGUGAAUGAAGAGCUUCCCUUUGCAAAAUAUGACAUACCAUGGCAGCAAUGUUAAGACCAAAAGUUACAAAGAAGGUGCCAGUCUUCAAAGAUACAAGCUUCUCCUUAGGAGCUUCCCUAUAUCAUUGAAAUCACCAGUCUGGUCAAACAAAAACAAAAUUAAAAAACAAACAAAAGUAACACAAGAAAAUCAUUUCUGCUGCCGGAAAUAAAUGUUUCCAGAAAUGUUUCUCUAUUCUUCCUUUGUACUUGUUCUUGGCAUAUACACUUGUUUAGAGUAAUAAAAUCCUUGCUCUUUUUAUUCUUUAAUUUCAAUAAAUUUUCUUCUGUUGCAAGUCA